AAUUUAUUAAGCUCUACGCUUUCAAUGCAAUGUGCUAAAACCAGCUUCUGGAAUCUGCUCUCUCACAUUCUUGGCUUCCCUGUGAAUUGCUCUUGACAAGGAUUAUGUGUGUCUUGCAUUCGGGGUAGUGAUAAUUGGCAAUCACGCACCACCAGACUAGCGCUGGUAAAAAGCAAGUCGAUCUUUCGCACUCUUCAUCCUCUCUAACUGCCACCCCUCUUCGGAAAAUUAUUUUGAUCGUUAGGCUCAAAAUCAGGUAUUUUGCCUCAGUUGUAUCCUGUUUUGGCAGUGUAUAUCACUAGUGUAGCCGCCCCAAUGCCUAUAUUCCGCCAUCUGAGAUCGCGGCUCUCCUCGUCGUCAUCACCUGCAACUGAAACAAGUUCUGUGGAAACCCAUACCUAUUAUCCUACCGACGGGGAAUUUGUUACUGGCCCAACAACACGGAAGUCACACAUACCCAACCCCGCCCAACCGACAAAAGAACCUCAAGCACGGCCGGAGCCCGUAUCUAGCUCAUCGUCCCAAGAGCCGUCGUUCUAUUGGCAAAAUAUCGACCCCCCGGCGCCCUCUCACCGUUAUCAACGCCUUUCCUCUUACAAUAAUCGACUCUCGAGACGGUCGUCCAAGUGGAGGCCUAUGAUGCUCCCCAACAGCAAUACAGCCGCUAUGGAUAGCGCUCUUCCAGGCUAUAACUCCGUGAGCGGCUCCGUCGUAGUGGACUGUAACGGGCUUCCCUACUUUCUGUCUCCUCAGGAGGAGCAGGAAAGGAAUUCAAAGCUGCAGCGUGCCGUUCAAGAAAGAAUGAUGGGGCUUAGGCGAGAGACAGAAUUUGCUUGGUCGCAGCCAUGCCACGGUGCUACACUACCACGAUAUUCUCCACCAAAAAAUACACACUUACGCUCAUAUACCAAAUGAGGUGCCCAGACAGAAUUCGAAACGCGGUACGUGCGUGAUCAAAGUGAGACAUCGAUGAUUCUGCAACUGUAUACGUCUUACUUAGUUUGAAGGAGUAUCAGCAGCUACCUUAUGAGUAUACUCUUGACACCACAGACAAAUGUGUGAGUCAGGUGUACCAAGUGGGAGGAGCCCGGGAUGGCCUCAGGAUAAAUUUAUGAUUUAUGACAGUGACGAUGGAAAUGCCAGCGGAUUAGGAAUGAUUUGAUAUUAAGCACAACGUUUACUUUGGGUUGAUAUGGCCAUGAGAAUGCCUACCAUUUUGUAUUUAUGUUUCUAUACAAAGCGGGCUUUAGAUCGACCGUAGAAUUUCU